AUGUUGGAUUUACAAGUCUUCCUACUAGUUGCCGCAGGGUUGGCAGAAGGAAGAAAGAAUAAAUGGAAGAAUUUCAAAGAUUUUGAUUAUCUGGUCGUCGGUGAUUAUUUUAUAGGCUUUAUCGAAGCCGAAUCGAUGUGUGUCAACAGGAGCGCUCAUCUGGCAUCAAUUCACAGCAAGGAGGAAAAUGACUUUAUUCUUAACCUCGCUCCUAACCACUCUGUCAUUGGCGGCGCACACGACAUUCCCAUAUAUAAUAUGUGGAUUGGAGGGUACAUGGCUCAAAGUUGGCAAUGGACUGACCUCACCGACUGGAACUACACAAAUUGGGAGAAGCGCGAACCCAACAACUAUCUCGCGCUGGGAAAGUGCGCAUUUAUGUACACACGACGGUCUCAUGAACACAAGGCUGGAAAGUGGUCUGACUACAAGUGCCAUGGAGAACUCCUAUAUUACGUUUGCAAGCGUCCUGCUAACAUCAGUCGCAGCUAUUGUCCUAUGAUAUAG